AUGUCGAUAUCUUGCGAGUGCAAUCCGAGUAGGGAAUCACGCACCCAGCCACCAGCAACGCGCAGAGUGGCGUUUAUGUUUCGCUCUUCAUUGACACGAAGUAGAAAAUCAAAUAUUUUCUCGUGUGCCACUGCAACAGGUUUGCUCAAUCUAACCUUCUUUGGUAGCAACAUCACUGAAAAAAAUAAAAGAAGAAACAAAGAGGAAUGA